UUCAAUUCCAGGGACCUUGCCGCUUCACCGUUGAAUGAUGAGGCUGAUGACAGUGAAAAGGGCGUGAGCUAAUCUGCCUCGCGUUCGCAGUAAAAUUAAUUUUUACCCACCUGAGCGUGACGUCCUAUCCUGAACUCAAAAGUUCUUCCUCCGCCUGCCAACCACAAGCUUCAUCUGUGAUGAGCACGACACUCCAUCAUGAUAUUGGGGGGCUGGAGGUGGUGCCGGGAUCUGAUCUUAAUGCCGAAGGGCUAGAGGCAGUACAUAACCCUGAUCAUGACGGGUUAGAGGCGUCAACCAAAGUUCAGACUGCAUACGGGCUGGAGGUCGUGGACAAGGACAGCUCGUCCAACAUGGACAACGUCGAGGGCGGUAAACAACACAACCCGAAAAGAAAGAGACUAUGGCUCAUCGUGGCCGCAGUAGUCCUCGUGCUGGUGAUCGUGGGAGCCGUGGUGGGCGGCGUUGUUGGAUCGCAAAAUAGUCAUAAAACUCUCGCAACACCAAGCUCUUCUUCAACUCCGUCUUCAAGCACGAGUGCGCCAUCUUCUUCAGCUACAGCUAGUUCUGUUUACGCCAGUUCGGGUAUUGGUGUAACGGGCUGGUGGACAUCCCAAUCAGACUUCAGUAUUCGCCUGGCCUACCAGGGACCGGAUAGCUAUCUACACAUGAUGCAGUACAAUUCGGGCGAUGACGGCUGGUCGGCGAUGACUAUCCUGACAAAUUUAGAUAUCAAAAAGGGCAGUCCAAUUGCGAUAUCUUGCUUCAACAGUUCUAUAUUCUUUGAUGCAGCAGUGAACAGUGCUAGUAACUUCACACAGAUCGAAAUUUUUUACGUCAAUGACAGGGACGAUAUCGCAGAGUGGUGGAUCCGAGAGCAACAAGUACCCGAACAACAAACCUUGAACGGGAAUGGUUCUAUGUCCCCCAACGCCUGGAAAGCAGGAGUGGGCUCAAGGUUCACGUCAUACUGGCCAAGUGUUGUCAUUCAGGAUGACUCAAACCAGGUACAAGAACUAUACUAUAACGGCAGUUGGUCACAGAACAACUUGGGCCUUGCAUGCCAGAACCACUCAGCGUUUGCGGAAAUUCCUGUUUCCGUAAAGGGAGGAUUAAUAGGGGCUGAGAAUUUUAUUUAUCAACGGGAUGAUCAGAAGCUGUUCAUCGAGGGGAGGAAGCAGUCCAAGGACAGCGUGAGCAGUGUAAAUCUACCCGCCAUCACGAUGCCAGCCGAAACAGCCAUUGGAGCGUUUUCUAUUCCACGCUCUGCGGACUCGACUAAUACCGCGAUGAAUAAUUAUAUCUUAUGGCAAAACGCCACGGGUGCUAUCCAGAUGACUUGGGAGGAUGACAACACCGGAUGGCGAACCUCGUCGACACCAGAAUCCCUUGGCACUCCUGACAGUGGCACAGGGAUAACUUGCCUCACACCAACAGUCUGGGCCGUAGGUUCUUUACAGCCAGGAUACAGCAUGGCUCGCUGUUACUAUUUGAUCGAUGGACGGAUAAGAGAGAUACAAUACGAUGGCUCAAAUUGGUCUGUGGUUGGUAAUGUUAUUUGAGUUGAUAUCUUAAGGGAUCGUAUGCGAAAGAUUUGAUAAUACCAUUAUUAGGAUUAACUAUAUAUACAUGUAAUAAGGCUUCAGCUGGACGGUUUUGGAAAUCGCAGAUCCCGGCGGCACACUUAUCUUAUUUAAUUAGAACUAUAUCACCUUUUAUAUGUAACUUGUAACCUAUAAAUACAUUUGAUU